UUUGUGUAGUAGUAUUAGAAACCAGUGAGGAAUUACAGAGAGCUGGUGAGGCUGCAGAGAGUGUGUGAAUAAUACGUACGUAGCUCCUCCUUACAAAAUUAUAAGUCUCGGCUGCUCCUCCCGGGACUACCUAAUCAAAUUUGGAGAAAACACGUCUAUCUUUGUGUUGUGCGUGAUUGGAUGUUUGUUGUGUUUGGUUCAUAUCUUUCCUAGGCGUAACAGCUACCACCUCUACAUAAACACCAAUCUUGGUUUGAUAUUGCCAUACAAGUUUGUUUCUGAUUUUCCAUACAUAUAUGGCUCGUCCUCUGUUGUUGUUGGCAUUUGCUUUAGCCCUUUUGGUUUAUUCUUCAGUGGCCUCUGCCGAAAUCGUGGAGCAUUCAUUUUAUGUGCAAAAUAUAACUCUGAACCGGUUGUGCAAGCAACAAGUUAUCAACACUGUGAAUGGAAGCCUUCCCGGCCCAACUAUACAAGUUCAUGAAGGUGACACACUGAUCAUUCAUGUCUUCAAUAAAUGUCCCUACAACCUGACGAUUCAUUGGCACGGGAUUUUCCAGCUACACAGUGCAUGGGCGGAUGGGCCUGAAUAUGUAACUCAAUGCCCAAUACUCCCUGGAAAUAAAUACACAUACAGAUUCACCAUCACAGGUCAAGAAGGGACCCUUUGGUGGCAUGCCCAUGCCCAAUGGCUUCGCGCAACUGUACAUGGGGCACUGAUCAUUCGACCAAGAAAGGGUUACUCGUACCCGUUCCCAAAACCCUUCGAAGAGUUCCCCAUUCUUUUGGGAGAGUGGUGGAAUGGUAAUAUUAUUGAGAUCGAGGAGCAAGCACUAGCCGAGGGGCAUGGGCCUAACAUUUCCGAUGCUUUCACCAUCAAUGGUUGCCCUGGUGAUUUAUAUAAUUGCUCAUCAACCGGCACAUAUAAACUGAAGGUUGUACGAGGAGAAACGUAUCUCUUGCGUAUCAUCAAUGUUGCGCUCAAUAACGAGCUCUUCUUCAAGAUAGCAAACCACACAAUGACAGUCGUCGCCAUCGACGCUUGUUACACCAAUCCAAUGGUCUCUGAAACCAUCGUCAUAGGUCCUGGCCAGACCAUCGAUGUCCUGCUCACCGCCGACCAACCGCUAUCCUCCUAUUACAUGGCAGCACAUUCCUACGACAGCCUGGGAAUGGAAUAUGAUAAAACAACCACCAGAGGUAUCAUUACGUAUGAAAAUGCCUCAUCGUCAACCCCUCCAAUGCCGGCCCUGCCGGCCUUCAACGACACUCCUACAGCGUUCGAAUUCUUUUCCAGUCUAACGAGUCUCGUGAACGGGCCUCACUGGGCACCAGUCCCACUCAAAGUCGAUGAACACAUGUUUGUGACGGAAGGCUUGGGCAUGGUCCCUUGCGGAGCAAACAACACUUGUGGGGCUCCUUUGGGGCUACAAUUUGCAGCGAGCAUGAACAACGAGUCUUUCGAGCUCCCUACCAAGUUAUCAAUGCUGGAAGCGUUUUACUACAAUCUGACUGCUGGGAUCUACACCGCGGAUUUUCCUAAAUAUCCACCAGUGGUGUUUGAUUAUACGAACACAAUCAAUGUCUUGAAUACAGCGCUCAUAAUGACACCAAGGUCAACAAGGGUUACGAAAUUGAAGUAUAAUUCUACCGUUCAGAUUGUAUUUCAGAACACGGCAUUGGUGGGCCAACAGAGCCACCCAAUACAUUUGCACGGGUUUAACUUUUAUGUUUUGGCUCAAGGGUUUGGCAAUUACGACCCCGUAACGGGGCCAAAAAUGUUCAAUCUCGUUAAUCCACAAAUACGCAAUACUGUUGGAGUGCCUGUUGGAGGAUGGACUGUCAUUAGAUUCACGGCAACUAAUCCGGGUGUAUGGUUGAUUCAUUGUCACUUCGAUACGCACUUAACGUGGGGACUAGCGACUGCUUUUCUUGUUGAGGACGGGCCCACGCCAUCGACUUCUUUGCCUCUUCCUCCACCAGAUCUACCCCGUUGUUCGUUUUAUGCUGAGCAAACAAGAUCUUUUAUUAAGGAUGGUGAUAACGCCAAAACUAUUUUUGAUGAUGUCAAAAUUGUUUUUGGCUCUUGGCCUGCUUUUCUUAUACCAUGUUUUAUUGUAUUUGUGUGGUUUUCUUGUACCAUGUACAAGGUACAACACUCUUAUGCUCAAAAGUUUUGGUAUAAAUAGAAGCAAUUUGCCUAUUAUCAUUUUCCUUUUCUUAAUCAAUGAAAACAAAUUUCCAAGUA